AUGCCUGCUUCACCACGUAAUGUUCGUUUCACAGAGGAUCCCACACAUGAUACACCACAUCAGAGUUUAGCCGAUAGAGCACAGAUGCAGUAUCGUCCCAGAGGGCUAUCACAUUCACUUGACUCCAUGCAUACUUCGACCGUAGAAACCAAAUCCGAGUUUAAAUAUGAGUCAAUUGAAACAGGCCAAUCUACCGCCAAUACCCGUGGUGGUUUCGCCUCACGUAGCACACAACAAUCACUUACACAGCUGGAUGAAGCUACGCUGGAUUUGCUCAAGCUUAGUACUGAGCCUGGGUCAACAACAUCUCGACCCUUAGCUUUCACCUCAUCUAAAAGGAUCAAUCCAGCUGCCGAUUACCUGCCAAAAGCAGCAUCAACAAGCUCGGUCAACCAGGAUGGCGGGCGUUUGCGUGUUGCUAACGUUUAUACUUGGGGCGUCGACUCCGAUCAGGAAGAAGUGCUGGAUGCGAGGCGGAAUGUCCGAGAAACCGAUCCAAAUAGGAUGCGAUUCAGUGGUUUAUCGCCACAAGCGAUUAGACGGAAUGAAAUGCAAGAAGAAAUUGUUACACGGGACGAGUACAUGGAAGAACGACGG